AUGGGCGCGCACGCAGCCCCACUUGUGCGCCCAUGCCCACCACCACACUCAACCCCACCACUGCUUCUCACGCUUCUCAUCGUCUUCUCCGGUGCCGUUGUAUCGUUCGAUUCGCCGGACUCCGACGCCCUUUUGAAAUUCAAAAACUCCCUGGGAGAUGUCAAUGAUUUAGCCAGUUGGAAUCCUUCAACGAGUCCGUGUUCAGGAGAUUAUGCGAGUUGGAACGGUGUUAUGUGCUUUAGCGGGAAUGUAUGGGGUCUACAACUCGAAAACAUGAAUCUAACGGGUGAAAUAGAUUUGGAUUCUCUCGUUCCUUUACGCAGUUUGCGGACUCUGAGUUUCAUGAACAAUGAAUUCGACGGUCCGAUGCCUGAUUUUCGGAAACUGGGCCCGUUAAAAUCAUUGUUUUUGUCGAAUAACCAGUUCGGCGGUGAGAUUCCAGAUGAUGCAUUCAUUGGUAUGGCUUCUUUGAAGAAAGUGUACAUGGCAAACAACGAUUUUACUGGUAAAAUUCCAACCUCGCUCGCUAAAACGCCGAGGCUUUUAGAGUUGAGGCUUGAGAACAACCAGUUUGUAGGGCGCAUACCAGAUUUUCAGACAGGUUUGAAGGUGUUCAAUGUCUCUAACAAUCGUUUGGAAGGUCCAAUCCCUGAGAAUCUCACCAACAUGAACCAAAGCUCGUUUUCAGGUAACAAAGAUCUCUGUGGACCGCCUUUGGAAUCAUCAUGCAACUCUCUCAGCUCUCCUGCUGAAGGGAAGGCAUCUCCUCCCAAUGAUCCCAACCCUCCUGAUAGUCCUAACAACAAUUCAUCUCCUCUAAGAAUAGCCAUCGUUGCCAUAGCUGGUUUGAUAGCAUUAGUUGCAAUCAUUAUGCUUGUUAUGGUAUGUCUCCGGAGCCGGAGCCGGAGCCGCCAAACACCACGAUUGGGAAGGACCUACUCAUCGAACAACUCGACAUCUUGCCAGGUGAACCGAGUGGAACCUGCAUCAUCGGUUGAGACAAGCCAGAACACAACUAGGAAAGGUGAACAAGGAAAAUUGUCAUUUAUAAGGGAUGAUAGGCAGAGAUUUGACUUGCAAGAUUUGCUGAGAGCCUCAGCAGAAGUGUUGGGGAGUGGAAGCUUUGGAUCUUCAUACAAGGCUGUACUUAUGGACGGGCAAGCUGUGGUUGUGAAGAGGUUCAAGCAAAUGAGUAAUGUGGGAAGAGAAGAGUUUCAUGAGCACAUGAGAAGGCUAGGGAGGUUGAGACACCCGAACUUGCUGCCCCUUGUGGCUUAUUACUACCGAAAAGAGGAGAAGCUGCUGGUGUUUGAUUAUCUGCAGAAUCGCAGCUUGGCUAGUCACCUUCAUGGCAAGCAUACUAUGGGCAAAGGUGGGCUUGAUUGGCCAACUAGAUUGAAAAUUAUCAAAGGAGUGGCAAAGGGCUUGGCUUAUCUCCACAGUGAGCUUCCCAGCCUGAUUCUACCCCACGGCCACCUGAAAUCUUCAAAUGUGCUUCUUGAUAAAUCCUUUGAUCCAUUCUUGAUGGAUUACACUCUAGUGCCUGUGGUCAAUCUAGGACAAGCACAGCAGCUCCUGGUGGCUUACAAAUCACCAGAAUAUGCCCAAAAUGGUCACACCACCAAGAAGACCGACGUGUGGAGUCUCGGAAUCCUGAUACUGGAGAUAUUAACCGGACAGUUCCCGGCCAGCUAUCUUGUUCCAGGUUCUGCUGCAGAUUUAUCAAGCUGGGUCCAGUCCAUCAUUAGAGAAGAGAGCACAGAAGUUUUUGACAGAGAAAUGGAGUUUACCAAGAUUGGUGAAGGAGAAAUGGUGAAGCUUUUGAAGAUUGGAGUGGCUUGUUGUGAAGAGGAUUUGGAAAUAAGGCUGGAUUUGAAGGAAGCUGUUGAGAAGAUUGAACAGUUAAGAGGUGAAUGAUAUCUUCAUGAAGUGUAUGUGUGUAGCUUUGAUGGAUUUUCACUUCCCUGCAUAUUGAAGAAUAUAUAAGAUGAUUGUGGCUGUCACCGGCAUUGGUUUUCUCAUUCAAGAAGCAAGAUUGAAGUAGAGAUGGGAAUUGAUGUAGGCCUUGACCAAGUUUUUUAUUUAAUUUACUUAUGUAAAACAAAUUAUGAGUGAGAUGAUACGGAU